AUGCAGUGCACCAAGCUUAUCACGAGAAACAUAUCGCCGGCUCUCCCUCGCAAGCGACCACAAAAAUUACGACCGGUUUUGAUCAAAGCGGACAAUGGAAAAGUCGCAUCCCACAAGCCGUCCCCCGACUCGGAUCAGCUAGCUUACCGACUAUGUGAGCUGUCCCUACAAAAGAUGCAAAAAGAAGCAAUAUCAUCAGAGCCUGAUCUACGGCACUUCCUGGCAUCAUCAUCUAUGCAGAAAAAGGCACAACAGAACCUUCUCCAACGGCUCGAUGCUCUCCAAGGCGCAGUUCCUCCAUGUUCCAUGCCACUUCUUCCCGGCGCAGAUGAGCCUUUAUUAUCAGAAGAUGAGAUAUGGGAUAUGAGAGAACUUGAGAUAGCUGCUUCUGAGCUUGAAAAGGUGAACAGAAGAAGCGAGAUUGCAAGGCUUAUUUGCUUUCAGCAUGCCAGCGAGAUGUAA